AUGCAGUACUGGGAAGUUAAGGAGGAUCAACGGGUCGCCGCGCCAGUACCGGGUCAAGGUGUACAACAGGUGGUUCCAUCGGAGACCAAAUUUCCCCUAGGGGACCCGAAUUGGGACAUAAACGAUGCAAAUCAUCGGACUCAUUUGAUAGAUCUGAAGGAGAUGAUUUUGGAAGGAAUUAGACGGGCUGUACCCCAAAGCACCAAUCUCACCAAAGCUUUUGAGGUCAAUCAAAUGAAAGAGGAGUCACCGGGUGACUUCAUACAAAGGAUUAGAGACCAUUUGACUAAGUAUUCAGGGGUGGCCCCAGAUUCACCGGCGUUUGACAAUCUGCUAAAGAUGCAAUUCGUAACCAAGGCAUGGCCCGAUAUUCAAAAGAAAUUGCAGAAAAUGAACUGGCAAGACGCCGCCAUCAUAGAUCUAGUAAGGACAGCGCAGCAGGUUUACGUCAACAGGGAGGCAGUAAAAAGUAAGCAGAAGUGCCAGAUGAUGGCGGCUACUUUGCAGAAAACUUGGGAAGUUCAGAAACAACAGGAAACCGAGGCUGCGAGAGGACGUGGGGGAGCCCCAUAUCGGGGAAGAGGGCGAGGGAGAGGGGGUUACACACCAGGUUCCAGUGUCAUUUGUUAUCGAUGUAACAAACCUGGUCAUUUUGCCCGAGAAUGUCGGACCCCACGAGAUCAGAUACUGGAAAGAAAUGAGCAAAGACAGGGAAGUCAGAGGCCAAGACAGACAGAAAGAGAGGGAGGAACUGACACCACUGAGUUGUUCAGUUUAUAUGAUGAAUAGGGAACCUCCGGCUCGCUCCAUGGGGCCCGGAAUGAGCCACUGGUGAACUUGUGUGUGGGGCCCUCUCAGAAAUCAGUGGUUUUUCUGAUAGACUCAGGAGCGACCCGGUCCUCUAUAUGUGUACCUGUUCCAGGGGUACGUAAAACAAUGUCAAAUUUGAAAGUAGUAGGGGUAAGCGGGAAACCAAAGGAAGUUGUGCAAUUAGAAGAAACCAUUAUAAGAAGAGGAGACCGGAUAGCUAAGGGAUCAUUAUUAUUCAUCCCUGAGUCAGGAAUAAAUUUGUUAGGGCGAGAUUUGAUGGUAGAAUUGGGAUUUCAGUUAUUGGAUUUAGACUUAGGAACUCCCAUGUACCCUCUGCAGAUAGAGGAUGAGGAACAAAUAGACCCAAUGGUGUGGGCAGAUGGGAAGAUGGUAGGGAGACUGGACAUAGCCCCCAUUAAGGUCACAGUAAAGCCAGGAAUCACCCAGUCAUGGACCCCCCAAUACCCAAUGACUAGGAAGGGAGAAUAGGGUUGCAGCCGGUGGUGAAUGAACUGAUAAAGCAGGGAUUAUUAGAACCCACCAUGUCACCUUUUAAUUCUCCUAUCUUAGCAGUGCAAAAGAAAGAUGGGAAAUAUAGAAUGGUUGAGGACCUAAGGAACAUAAACCAGAUAGUGGUCCCCGUUUCCCGGUAGUACCGGACCCAUAUACUCUCCUUAGCCGCAUUCCACCCACUACCCGAUGGUAUACCGUUAUAGACUUAAAGGAUGCAUUUUGGACUUGUCCCCUGGACAUUGAAAGCCGAGAUCUAUUUGCUUUUGAGUGGGAAGAUGUGAACACGGGCAGAAAACAACAAUAUAGAUGGACGGUCUUGCCCCAAGGGUAUACAGAAAGUCCACUUCUUUUUGGGCAGGCACUAGGGGAAAAGUUAGCAGGUUUUACCACCACAGGCCCCAAUAGCUUGUUGCAAUAUGUAGACGACCUGCUGAUGAUGGGAGAAAAAGAGAAAGAGGUUAGACAAGACUCUAUAAGAUUGCUGAAUUGGCUGGGUAAGCUAGGGGUGAAGGUGUCUAAGGACAAAUUACAGUUUGUACAGCGGAAGGUGAAAUAUUUGGGGCAUUUGUUAGAAGGGGGAACAAGAAAAUUGGAUCCAGAAAGAGUCAAGGGGAUCUUAGAAUUACAACCCCCUAAGAACAAAACAGAUGUGAGGAGAAUGCUGGGACUCCUGGGAUAUUGUAGACUGUGGAUAGACCAAUUUGCCAAGCUGGUUCGGUUUUUAAACCAAAAACUAGUCGGAGACGGUGAAAUAACAUGGGGACAAGAUGAUGAACAAAGAUGGGAAGAAGUAAAGAAAACAUUAAUAGGGGCCCCGGUCCUAGCACUACCGAACCUCCAACAGCCAUUCCACUUAUAUGUAACCAUCAGCUCUCAGACUGCUGUCGGAGUUUUAGCCCAAAAGAGGGGGCGGUAUCAGCCAGUAGCCUAUCUCAGCAGAACCCUGGAGCCAGUAGUGCGAGCAUGGCCCACGUGCAUCCAGGUGGUGGCAGCAGCGGCUGAAUUGGUAGUUGAAAGCAGAAAGCUAACUUUUGGAGGAGCCCUAAUUGUUCAUAGUCCCCAUCAAAUAUCCACGGUGCUGACUGGGGCAGCCUCCACCUGGAUGACGGAUGGCCGCUUAACGCACUAUGAAACAGUGCUAAGAACAAGCCCUGAUAUCACACUGGGAACUGAUCGGAAUCUAAAUCCGGCAGAAUUCCUGAUAGGAGAAAGGAAAGAAUGGGAACCGGAUGAACACGACUGCUUGGGCACAAUACAAUUAAUGGCAAAGGUCCGAGAAGAUUUAUCUGAAACCCCUUUAACAAUGGGAGAGAGAUGGUACAUAGAUGGGUCUAGUUAUGUUAAGGAGGGAAAAAGGAAAUCAGGAUAUGCUGUAGUCAAGGAGGAUGGGGAGGUGAUCGAAAGUGGGGCCUUGCCGGCGAAUUGGUCGGCCCAGAAAAGUGAAAUCAUGGCCUUGACCCGGGCCCUCGAGUUGGCUAGGGGCCUGGAAGUAACCAUAUGGACCGAUUCCCGUUAUGCAUGGGGUGUGGUGCAUACUUUCGGGAGGACCUGGCGAGACCGAGGGUUCAUUAAGGCAAAUGGGAAACAGAUAGAACACAUGGCCUUGUUGGAAAGGCUGUUGGAUGCCCUUACUGGACCAGAAAAGGUUGCAGUGGUACAUAUCCCCGCUCACACCAGGGGUACUACCCCUGAGGAAGCUGGAAAUAGAUGGGCUGAUUUGAGGGCAAAAGAAGCCGCUAAGGGAGUGCCAAACGAGAUAACAAUACAGCAAUGUACCCUGAGGGUGCCCAUUCUUACCACGGCUGACACAGAGAAUUUAACUUUCACCUCUCAAGAGAUAGAAUAUAUAACAAGAGAGGAAUGGGAAAAGAAGGGUAAGGAAUGGAGGACCCCAGAGGGACAAAUAGUACUGCCAAAGACUGUAAUGAUGGGGAUUCUAGAGAAGAUACAUGAGAGUGGACAUUUCGGGACAGAGGCUAUGGUUAACCUGGUGAAAUCAUUGUAUUGGAGUAAAGAUAUGUGGCCCAUGGCCCACUCCAUAGCCUGGAAAUGCAUAAUCUGUCACAAGGUAAAUAAGGCCAAAGCGAAGAAAACAGAAAAAGGGGGAAGACCUCUAGCAGUAUGGCCAUACCAAAGAAUACAAGUGGAUUUCACAGAGCUACCAGAGAAGGGAGGUUAUAAACAUCUUCUGGUAUUCAAAGAUCAUCUUACAGGAUGGGUGGAGGCCUUCCCAAGUCGAAAAGCAACAGCACAGGUAGUAGUCAAGGCCAUUCUGGAACAUAUAGUCCCCCGGUUUGGUAUAAUAGAAGCCAUAGACUCAGACCGCGGCACCCAUUUCACACAGAAGGUUCUACAGGAAGUAAUGACAGCCCUAGGAAUCAAAUGGGACCUUCACACGCCGUGGCAUCCAGAGAGUAGCGGGAAGGUGGAAAGGGCAAAUGCAGAAAUAAAAAACAUUUAACUAAAUUAUAUUUAGAAAAUGGAUUACCAUGGACAAAAAACCUUCCUUUGGCUUUACUAAGGAUGCGUAUAGCCCCCAGAAAGGACUUAGGGGUAUCCCCAUUUGAGUUGAUGAUGGGAAGACCAUACUUGGCGCAACUAGGUCAACCGAUGGUGGAGUUCAAAGACUUGUUCAUUAGAAAGUAUUUGCAAUCACUCUCCCAGUCUUUGUUGUCUCUUCAUAGACGCGGUAUCCUGGCCCAACGCCCUCCGCUACUGGAGCAGCAACACAGUUUCCAGCCUGGUGACCUGGUCCUGAUUAAGACGUGGAAGGCGGAAAAGCUCAGCCCGGGUUGGGAUGGUCCAUUUCGGGUCCUGCUUAUCACCGAAUCAGCAGUACGGACUCGUGAGUAUGGAUGGACCCACUACCACCGCGUGAAGAGGGCCCCGCCUGAACGUUGGACGGCCAUACCGAGCCUAGACGAUCCACUAAAAAUAAGAAUCACAAAAUCAGGGACCGGGAACCAGGGAAGGACUGUAAGGCAAUAA